CUUAACAGUCGUGCGUCCAAACAUAACACAAAAGCCAGUACUUGUGGGCGGCCGCAGCAAUAGUACAGAGCACAGAGCAGAAUCGGAAAGCGACAAUAAACAAAGAAAAACGUGAAUUAAAAUAAAUCGCAGAAAGUUAACAACAAUUUCAGUGUUGUGUUUUAAAAACGAAACAUUUUUUCCAAUUGCCAUUGCAAAGCGUGCGCCAAUUUUAAGCCGCGAGUGCGAGCGAGAAGACCCACACAAUUACGUGUGUGUGUGUGUGCAUGAAUGGAGAAAAAAUAAAUAUUACAGUCUUUGUUUAAAAUACAAAAAACUAAGCUUAUGCUUUGGCAUUUGACGAUAUUACGUGCCCUGAAACUGAAGUUCUUGGCCGCAAAGAGCACAUAAGAAAGUAAAAAAAAAUAUUAAAGGAAAUUCCCCUUUUUACAUUUUAUCGUCGCACUGAGCUCUUUAUCGGCGCAACAUGGCGCGUCGUUAUUGCUUAUCUGGCACUUAUCCACUGCCUCUAUUGACCAUAAUUCUGUUGGUUUUGUCGCUGCUGACAGGCGCCCAGGCAACCUAUGCGAAAACGGAGGUUGAUGCCCUGCGCGAUGAAUAUUUCGGCUUAGAGCGAGACCUGUGGCAAUGGCUAGACAAGGCGACCAUGAGUCGAAACAAUAUGGAGACACAAUUGCGAAAGGUUUAUAAUUCUCAUCGGAAUUUUACCAAUAAACAUCAAAUGCAACGCAGCUUUCCCAAAAAUUAUGAAAUAGGGAAUUAUUCCGAGUGGAGGCUGCUCGAAAGAGAUAUUAUAGAAAUCAGUGACUAUUUUAAUUUUUACAAGACCAAUAUUAUGAUGAAGCCCGGAAGCAGUGCCAAUUUGGAGGAGCGUGCAGUGUUGGAUUUUACAGAUACAGUGUUGCGUAACAACGAGCAUUUUUCCAUGUCGCGAACGUUUCAGGAUAUUGAAAAUAUAAUGGUCAAACAGGCACUUUACUAUAGGGUCCACAUGUUCUCUUCGAGUCAAAUAUGUAACAUGCAUCAAUCGCCACAACAAUUUGUAUACGCGCUCUAUUCGGAUAUUGCACUAACCGAACUGAAGGGUUACAUCAUGAUGGAAUUCUCCUGGAUGAUGUUGCGUGUCUAUGGCAAAGGGAACUUCACUCAGGAAGCCGAGCUGAUGCGCAACGACUAUGAGAGGCGAACAGAACGCACAUUAAAGUUGCUCCAAGAGGUUAUGCGUCGUUCUGCUCGAAUUGUCUGGCGUUGUGAUCCCGAGCCCCAACAUCAUGUGCUCGGUCAGACCUACGAUGAGGUUACCCGUUUACUACAGGGUUUCAUUGAAAAUGAGGUGGACUUAAACAGCGAUGAGACAUGUCGUGAGACUUGUUCCUAUUACCAGAAUACACGCACCGAGAGCUGUUUCAAGGAAAAAUUCUGCGCCCGGCAACCUGGAUGUAAGGGUCGACUUUAUAAUUGCCAAUUUGUGCAAUCGGACAUGUGGGUGUGCCAAGCGCCAUUGAAUAGCACCCGUCGCUACGAGUAUGUGGAGUAUGAGAACGGAAGCGUUUUGGGUCGCCGUGGAAGAUGUGUUAGGGGAACCAGCAAGGUAGAUUCUUGGUGGCGCUAUCUCUUUUGGCAUUGCAGUUACUGCAUGUGUCUGUGUGAUGAGCAGAGCAUUAAAUCGGAUCGCUUCUUUAAUCUGCGUGAAGCUGUCUCGGAUUUCACCCAAAACAGAGUCGUUACUGGUCUGCGUUUCAUAAAGAAGAAUCGCAUAUUCCAUUUGCAAAUACAGGAGGGUGAGCUUCUGCCUCGCGGCAAUAUCAAUCAAACGAGCCUGACAUGGAAGCCUGUAGAUAAUUAUAACAUCUUCGAUCGUGAUGUGAUAAAAGGGGUCGACUACCACUCUUUGAGCUACGAGAGUCGCUCCGUUGAUCUAGACGAUAUCAAUACCGAUGACCCCAGUUUUGUAGUCACUGGUGUACGUUUUCGUGUGGUUGGCACACAUUUGAAUCUAGAGGCGCGUCUCACUGAAAUCAAUUUUGAAACCGGCAAACUAGUGAACUCCAAGGAGCUUAGUUAUUGGAAUUCCAAUGACAACACAGACGUUAGUGGUGAUAAUCGCAGGAAAAAACUGAGCAUUAGUAGCCCUGAUAUACCUACACGCACUAUUGUUAAGUCCAUACCUAUGUCAAAACACAAUGAAUUCAUCGAGUUUGUCAACUCUGAUCUGUAUAAGGAUGCGGCACAGACUACCGUGCCCUUCAUGGAUGUACAGGAUGUGGUUUCGAAUCCACCAGUACCGCUCUCAGGCGUUGGCAUCUAUUAUAAGGGACGCCCAGGUUUUGGUGGUUUCUUGGCUCCAAAAAUCAUCACAUACGACUUCACAAGGCACGUAGUCGUGCCAAAGCGUACACCCUAGGUCACGGCAGAUGGAGUGAUAUCAUCGUAUUUUAUAUUACAUAGCUUUCUAGUUGUAAAACCUCUUUCUACAUAUAUUAUUACUUCAGUGGUAAACAAACUAAAAAAUGCAACAAGCGAACCAAAUGUUUUGAAAUUCUAGCCAUCAAACAAAACCAGAGCAUUCAAAACUUUUCACGAUAUUACAUAUGUCUGGAUAAGUAAUAAAGAAACUGUGAAGUAGAA